UUCACUAUUCAUAGAAACUUCUAGUAAUAGCUAUAGAACACAGCUGUAUACGCUAUCGAUCACGUCGGUAAGUUGCGUGUAUUAAAAAAUUAGAAAAAAAUUGUCUAUGACAAAAUUAUUUGCACUGUUGUAUACAUUUUUUCAAAAGAACGUGAAAUCACGAGUGAUCUCAGGAUGAUCUUUCUCAAAUCAUAAUAUUGAAAAUUAUUUCUCUGAGGACAAAGGCCGAAUUAUCUGUGCAAGGAAAAAUUUCUCAUUGACACAUUUCACAGAUGGGAAAAAUCAAUUGCUCUCUUGCGACGUGCUCUACAUAAACAUUCUCCAUCACAUGAAUUAGAUUCUCCCCUAAUGCGUGUGUAAUGUGACCGGUGGUGUUGGUAUAUACGCGACCGCGAAUAUUAGUAUCCUGACGUCUCGGUGGAACCAUCAGUCUGAGAGUGACUGUUGAGGAGCAACAAGCCAAUUUCAUAGUUGAAUCGUCUUCGAGAUUUUUUAAUACAGUCGCAUCUUUCUGCGGCAAAGUCGACAACAGCGAAUUUCAAGAUGCUUGUUGUGCUGUUGAGCGUUCUGCCGAUUCUCUGGGCUCAGAGAAUCGAAGCGAGCGUACUGGUCGCUGACACUACCAUGUCCAGAAUGGUAGAAUUAAAUGCUGACGCUCCUUUUUGUGCACUUUACAAUGAUCGCGGGGUCAUCCAGAAAAUGGUCCUUGGCGCAGAUCCCAGAAAAGUUCGACAGAUUUCCAGCAACCUCGUUACUGAUCUCGAAGAGACCUGCAAGGCUUCGCGAAAUAGGGGAAAGAACCAAGCGCCUGGUGGUUUGAUAUACCCGGGUACCAAAUGGUGCGGACCGGGCAACAUAGCUGAUUCCUACAAGGAGUUAGGACAACAUGCGGCCGAAGAUGCUUGCUGCAGAGAACAUGAUCAUUGUUCGUAUACGAUAGCGCCGCAGGAGUGUAUACAUGAUCCAGGAGGUGGAGAAAGUGGGGGGACAUUAAUAUGCGCCGGUUGUCUCAAUGCUAUCGAUGAAGAUGAAUUUAUACAGGCAUUAAACCAAGAAUGGCACAUUGAUUGUUUCCGGUGUUCGGCAUGUGAUAUUGGCCUAUCCUCCUGGUACUUCGAGAAAGAUGGCUUACUAUUUUGUAAAGACGAUUAUUGGGCUGCUUACGGCGAAGCAUGUCAGGGCUGUGGUCAGAUCAUUACAGGUCCUGUUAUGCUGGCAGGCGAUCACAAAUUUCAUCCAGAAUGCUUUGCCUGUACUUCUUGCGGUGCUUUCAUCGGGGACGGCGAGAGUUAUGCGCUCGUCGAACGGUCUAAGUUGUACUGUGGGAUGUGUUACAAGCGACAGAUGCAGCCACUCAACAGGACAGCGAAUUAUCCUUUCGCUAGAAAACCACACAGCAUUAGAUUGGUAGAGAUACCUCCAAGCACGACAGAUCCAAAUAAGCAGAGAGGAAUUAAACUCACCUUAGACACAGCUCCCAGUCCCCGCAGUUGUGGCGCUUCGUUGCGUAUUUCAGAGUUAAUGAGAAAUGUUCGUGGAAAAAUCAGUAAGCUGCUGGCCUCUGUGAUGGAGGUUCUAUUUAGACUAUGCUGCCACUUCUCUAAUCAUAGAUUGAACAUGUCCAGCGAUCUUAUAUCGUUACAUAUUGGCGACCGAAUUUUGGAAGUAAAUGGCACCCCUGUUAAGGACCAACCAGUGGAAAAUAUCGAAAACCUCAUACAAUAUUCGGAUACAGUUCUACAAUUAACUAUCGAGCACGAUCCAGAUGCGGUAUCACGACGGCCCACAUUUUCCUCGCCUUCCUCGGCGAUGCUGACAUGCGUCGGCAGCCCCAGGACGAGUCCUGAAGGCAAAGAGCGAUUAUUUAAACGCCGAGAUGAGGGUUACAUCAGCGGUACGCGGAGUCGACAAUUGCGAAGGACGAGAGAUCCGAUGCAUAAAGAACGCAGCAGUUCUAUGUCGCGAUUACUCGAUGGAUCUUCCCCAACGAAUCCUACUUACGAUCUGAGCCGAACCAGAUCUUUCCGCGUAGAGCCAAAGAAUCAGAGAAUAUUUCGAGCGAGCGAUUUGGUAAAGGGAGAGCUCUUAGGCAAAGGAUUCUUUGGACAAGUGUUCAAAGUGACGCAUCGUGACACGGAUGAAGUGAUGGUCCUCAAGGAAUUGUACAGAGUGGACGAAGACGCGCAAAAGAAUUUUUUAAAAGAGGUAACUUUUUUUUCUGUAAAUUUUAGAAACAACGUUCUUCGAUUUAUCGGCGUCCUAUACAAGGAUAAGAAACUGCAUUUGGUUACCGAAUAUAUAGCGGGUGGCACGUUAAGAGCCCUGCUUCACGACACGAACGAACCACUACCGUGGGAACAGCGUACAUCCUUCGCGAAAGACAUCGCUGCCGGUAUGGCUUACUUGCAUUCCAUGAACAUCAUUCAUCGCGACUUGAAUUCACACAAUUGUCUCGUGCGCGAGGAUAAGACUGUAGUCGUCGCCGAUUUUGGUCUGGCGAGGAUCAUUCAGAACGGCAGUUCACCGGAUAACCGCAAGUACAAUCGACAUUCCGAUGGAGAGGUAAAGGCUUCGAAGAAAGAGCGGAAGAAACGAUACACGGUUGUUGGGAAUCCCUACUGGAUGGCGCCCGAAAUGAUGAAAGGUAACAAGUACGACGAGAAAGUGGAUAUAUUCAGCUUCGGCAUCGUCGUCUGCGAGAUAAUAGGCCGAGUUCAGGCGGAUCCGGAUUAUUUACCCAGAUCCUCGGAUUUCGGUUUGAAUCAAAACGUUUUCAAGGAGAAAUUUUGCUCCAAUUGCCCAGAGACUUUCUACAUGAUCGCGUUUCUGUGCUGCGAUCUAAAUCCCGACAAAAGGCCACCAUUCGAAGUCAUGGAGGUCUGGCUGGAAGGACUGGCGAUGCAUCUGUCAGUAGGCGCCGAGUUGCCAGCGGAUCUGGAUUUCGAUAUCAGAAAUUACAAAGGACCGAGUCCGAGCAGUAGCGAAUCGACGACUCCAGAAACUCUGGCGCCGCAAUUGAAACCCAUCAAGGAGGGCCAAAUACAUCAAGAAAAGAAACGGUCCAGCGGAUGCGAUGACAGCACGCUGGAACGCGAGAUAGACCCUAUACCAAGUAACACACUUUAUGUUCCUGAAGUCAUGAGUCCGCGAAACAGAUACACAAGACAGAACAGUAAGAACAACGAUAGCACGGGCAACGCAGGGCGUUACUCGAGACAAAAUUCCAAAUCGAAAGAAUUCGUAUCCGACAAGGAGAAGCCUGACAUCAUAAUCUCACCCGAUUCCAGCGGUUUUAGCGGACGGUAUUUGAGGAAUAAUAACGUCAAAUUGAAAGAUACUGCCCCCGACAUUCCAAAUACCUAUAUUUACUCGAAGCAGGAAACGUAUCCCAGGCAGAUCGACGCUAGCGAACAUAACUUGACUCGAGCACCUACCAUAGAAAAGAUAAAGUACGUGGGAAGCGCGAGUCCAUGCACGGUUUCCGACACUCCGGAGUAUAAAAUCGACAGUAAAAGCUCGUAUAAAGUCAACUUGAAACAUAAAUCGGCGGAAAAAUCCAACGAUACGAGCAGUCAUAAGACGAAGUCGGAGAGCAAAUUUAAGAUACCAGAUGCUGCAAACUCUGUCAGCUCGUAUCUGAGACAAAUCGGUAAAUCUAUCGGCACUGUGGAGAAGGAAAAUAAAGCGAUCAAUAAUCGAAACGGCCUGAAUUGCGGUGAUAAUGAUUCGAAGAAAGUAACCGGCGAGGGCGCAAAGUCAUCUACUGGAUCAUAUCUGCGAAGAACAAAGAUAUCACCGACCAAGGAAACAUCGAAGAAUGCAUUUUCCAGCAAAGAGACUGCAAAAGACAAAAUUGAUGGCGUUUCGCCGUUGCAAAAAUCCGUGGCUUCGAAAGUCCCACCGAACAAAGAGAAAGUCGUGGAAACCGAGAAAGGUAAAAUAUCCAGACAGGAGAGCAAUGUGUCCGACGUCGAUAGCAUCUUAUCCAGACAGGGAAGCCUCACAGUGUUAGACUGUACGUCGAAAUAUAAGGAUUACUCGCCGUUCAAUAACUUCACGAAGGAUGAUUUUCGCGAGGAUAAUUCAUUCAGAAAACAGAAUUCCGGCCUGUAUCAUACAGACAGUCUUUAUUCCAACUGCAGCAUCUCGAAGCGGGACGAUUUUAUCAUACCUAACAAACAAAGUGCGAGUAACGAUCGCUCUAUCGAAGCCAAAUCGACGCGCGAUGAUUCCAAAAAUCCGAUGAUGACCACAUCUAUUUAUAGUAGCGAUUUAAAGGCGACGCCAAAUUGUUUAUCGGACUACACCGGUUGCUAUAAAAAUGUCGACGUCUGCAGACAGGACAGCUUCGGAUCCGACAGCGCACUCGGCACUAUGAAGAGCGAUUUCUUCGCGGAUGUUGAUUUCGCGCAGAUGAGAGACGACCGGCAUACACCGGAGUUGUGUCACACCCCUGAAAGGUGCUGCACACCUAAUCGUACAACGUCGCCGCCGAUAGAGACCACCGCUUUGUAAAUUAAAACGCUCUAAAAAAACGGAUAACAGCUUUACGGAACGGCAAGAUAACGCGCGUAAUCCCCGGCGAUGGAUGAAUCUCAUUUGCUACUAAUUUGAUCUCUUUAUUCAUAAUGUAAGGUCCGAACAUGUAACGUGCUUAGUUUGCAGUAUUAACUUUUUAGCCAGAGUUUACUUCGUCCAGUAUUUUUUUAGUGUAUUGAGCGAGGAAAGAUUGAAUUUGUAUGUUGUUUUUAAUAUGAUGCGACAUUUUGAUCACAUUUUUUUUGGACAAAUUUUUUUAAAGAAAAGUAUUAUCUUUGUUAUUAAAACUGAAUUUAAAAUAUGGAAGAGUUAACAUGUGCAAAACGCAAAAUUUCGGGUUGGAAAUAUUCCCGUUAAUAAAUCAAACUGUUAUCUUACUGAAGAAAGUAAUGGUAACGCGAUACUCAGUAUUAAUGAAUUUUGUUUGCUGUCAGUUUACACGAAUUUCUAGAUGUAAUCACAUCAGUUAUAACUUAGCCGUAAGGAUUUUAUUACAUUCCUCUACGAGAUCUUGCCACGCGAUUUUUAGAAGUUCUAGCGAUAAAACGCUACUCCGAAAGCAUUCCAUCCAAAGUACUACUUUAAAAUUUGAAAUUUUGAUAAGUAUGAUAUUACUAGCGUGUGCUCGAAUAAGCGGUAUUGUGAAUACUCUUGCAGACUAUAAUCUACAAUUACAUAAUCACAGAAUCAAAAAUCAUCAAAAGCCGAAGUACGAAGUUGGUGCAAUUACGUUUCCUCGGAAACUACACGUUCACGUACGUUUCCCUUAAACUAUGAAAACAUCAAGUAGACUCAGUUCUUGUAGAAUACGAUGUAAAAAUGAUACUAUCUGUUUCCAGAGAUACAGAUGUACAUCACAGUGUAAAAUAUUAUAUACGUUUGUAUAUGUACAGAUUAUUUACAUAAAUGUAUGUAUACAUACGUGCAUAUAAAUAUAUACUUAUACAUGACGUUUAUAUCUUCGUUACAUCUCGAUAACUAUUCAUAAUAUAUUUUGAUAAAAUAAGAUUAUGUAUAUUAAAAAUAUGAUUAAUUUAUGUCUUUUUUUAUUGACAUCUUAGACUCAUUUAACGAGGAUAUAAACGAUGAUAAAGUAGUAUUGUGUGUAUAAAGAAAGAACAAAUAAUUUGUAUAUAAUUUUGUAUAUAUCCAAAUAUUUGUAAUUGUCAAAAACACACUGAUCGAAAUAUUUGAGUCACGUUUAGUUUUAUACUUCUGAUGUAAGUAUACAACUAAUUUGCCUUUCUGUAUUCUAUCCGCAUGUCAUAUUUCGUUUCAGAUGAAGUCAUACGUUUAUGCUUUCAUAGAUGCAAAUCCCAACAAUAAUUUUAAUACUCAUAACUCUAUCACAUUUUUACCUCACCAAUCAAGAUUAUUUCAUAUUUGAUUGUAAUGCAUGAAAUUAUGUGAGUAAUGCGAUCAUUUUACUUUAUUUAUCACGAAAUAAAUUUUUUUGAAUGCACCUAUAUGUUAGUUAAUAUAUUGUCUUAAAUAAACGUUUAUUAGUUAUGA